GUAGGUAUAUAGCCUAUAUCCGAGUACGGAGUAACACUCCAAAAACGCUCACGGUGCCGGUGCCGAACUCAUAAGCAAAUUGAAUUCCUUUAGAACCUCUGGAAUCUGGAACCUCUCAUAUGUCAUACGCAAAGCUCGAAUUGCAGAAGCUCGUUCCAGGGUUUUACAUUUGGUUUUCAAAAUGCCGGCUACAGCAGGUCGGGUGCGUAUGCCCGCAAAUAACCGGGUGCACAGCAGUGCUGCCCUUCAGACUCAUGGAAUUUGGCAGAGUGCUAUUGGUUAUGAUCCUUAUGCUCCCACAAAAGAUGAUUCGAAGGGUGCUUCUCAGACCAAAACUGAGGAGGACCCUGAAAAUGCUUAUGUGAAUUUUCAGGAACUGCUUGCUCUAGCUCGUAUCACUGGUUCGAAUAAUGAUGAAGCCCGUGGUGCUUGCAAGAAGUGUGGCCGUGUUGGGCAUCUUACUUUCCAGUGUAGGAAUUUCUUGAGUGUGAAAGAUGAUGGCAUUGAGAAAGAUUCAGAUGUCAUUCAGGCCAAUGUCAUGGCAGGGUUGAAGAAAAUUAAGGGUCGUGUUGGGAAGUUGAAUGGAAUGGGUGCUGCUGAGAACUCAGAGGAGAGUUCUGAGGAGGAGGAUGAAACCGAGAGCUCUGAUUCUAGCGAGGAUUCUGAGAUGGAGAGGAUUAUUGGUGAACGAUACGGGAAGAAGAAGUCCAGCAGGAAAGUGAAAUCUACAAAAAGGAAGAAGGAUUCCUCGGAUGAUGAGGAUUCUGAUUCUGGAAGGAGGAAGAAAAGGGGUAGGUCAAAGAAGAGGAGGAGUGGGAAAAGAUCUGGGAGCGAUUCAGAUGAUGAAAAAGAUGUUCGCAGGAAGAGGAGAAAGGAAAAAAGGAGGAAGAAGGAUGAAUCAUCUGAUGAAGAGGAGGAUCGUCUGAGGAGGAAGAGUAGAAAGGAGAAGAGGAGAAGGAGGAGCCAUCGACAUGCAGAUGAUUCUGAAGAAUCUCCUAAGCGGCAUAAGAGAAAGAGCAGGAGGUCCAGAUCAUCUUCUGAUUCAGAUGUCAGUGACGCAGAUGAUUCCAGGAUUGGAAGGCACUCAAAGCGCUCCGAUAAGAAGAGCAGGAAACGGAAGUAUGAAGAUGAUGAGUAGUGCCAUCUUCAGGGAGUGGGCUCAUCUUUCAUGUAUCAAGUCAUCUGAGUAGCUACUGGAAUGUUAUAUGGCUGCCUGAGCAUCAUGGAAUACGUUAAUCUAUAUUUGCAUGAUUCCGAGUUCUGAGGAAUCUGGUGGAUUUUAUGUAGUGGGAUGUUGUCCCUUUAAUUCUGUUGUGCUGCAAUUGGUUAGUUAUAUGUGGUGUACUGUUGUAGCCACCCGUUUGAUCUUUGCUUGUUUACUUCACCUACAUGUGUAUGAUUGUGACUUUAGUAAGUUGGUUUCCUUUAUACUAUGUACUUACCGCGGCACCCACAAAGGACGUGGACAUGCACAAAUUCGCGUA